AUGAGUUUCUUUAACCCAAUGGUCAAUCAGUCAUUCACAGCGUCUUCAAAUUUGAAAUUAACAAAUGGGAUAAUGCAGUCACUUGGAAAACAAUCAAAAUACACUAAUAAACCACAACCUAUUGUCAAAACAAAAACACUUCCAAAAUCUUUUACCGCAGGUGUUAAAACAAAAAGCUCAAUAAGGACUUUAAGUGAAAUCGUCCAAUCUAAUUCAAAGAAAGAAUUUAAUUAUCAUCUUAGUUCUGAUCAAGAACUUGUGUUAAAAGCAGCACUAGAAGGAAAAUCAUUCUUUUUUACUGGAGCUGCUGGAUGUGGUAAGUCAUAUGUGUUAAGUGCAAUUGUUGAGAAAUUAAAACAUGACAAAGAAGUUUAUGUUACAGCAAGUACUGGAAUUGCUGCAUGUAAUGUUAAUGGAAUGACGAUACAUUCAUUUUCAGGAAUUGGAAAAGGUGAAGGGAGUAGUUCUGAAUUAUGGGAUAAAGUUAAAAGAGAUAAAAAGGCAUUAAAAAAAUGGAAUAAAGUUGAGGUAUUAAUUAUUGAUGAAAUUUCAAUGAUUGAUGGUGACUUAUUUGAUAAACUUGAAUUUAUUGCAAGAAAAGCAAGAAAUAAUAAUUUAGCAUUUGGUGGGAUUCAAAUGAUUAUAUGUGGUGACUUUUGUCAACUUCCACCAAUAUCUAGAAAUGGAACAACUAAAUUUGCAUUUGAAAGUAAUUGUUGGAAUAAGGUUAUUCCAUAUUGUUAUUAUUUAACUACAGUUCAUAGACAAAAUGAUCAAAAGUUUAUUACUUUAUUAAAUGGUAUUAGAAUAGGUGAAAUUAAUGAUGAAAUGAUAAAUUGUCUUAAAGGAUGUUGUGAUAAAGAAUGUAAACAACAAUGUACUCACUUAUUAUCUUAUAUUAAAGAAGUUGAUGAUGUUAAUACCAAAGAAUUACAAAAGUUACAAGGAAAUGAAGUAGUUUAUCAUUCAAUUGAUACUGGAAACUCAAUUUAUUUAACUUCAAUGAAGAUUACUGAUGAAUUACAUUUAAAAGCAGGUGCAUUUGUAAUGAUUAAUAAAAAUAUUGAUGUUGAACGUGGUCUUGUAAAUGGAAGUGUUGGGGUUGUUAUUGGUUUUGAUGAAACUUCAUUAUUUUCUGGACAGCCUGUUCCUAUUGUUCAACUCAGUAAUAGAACAUUACCAAUUAGUGAAUGUAGUUGGGAUAUUGAAUUAGGAAAUCAACUUGUUGCAAAAAGAAGUCAAAUUCCAUUACAACUGGCAUGGGCUAUUUCUAUUCAUAAAAGUCAAGGAAUGACAUUAGAACGUGCAGUAAUUAGAAUUGACAAUGUAUUUGAAACUGGACAAGCAUAUGUUGCUUUAUCAAGACUAAAAUCACUAGAUGGACUUUAUAUUGAAGGAAGUGUAAUAAAAGAAAGAAUUAAAUGUAAUGAAAAAGCAAAAAAGUUUGACCUGUUUAUUAAAAAUGGAAGAUACAAUGCCCAAUUUGGAGAUAAAACAAAAGAGGUGGUUGACAAAGAUAUUAUGAUAAUUGAAGAUGAUACUACACCAAUUCAUGAAAACAACACUACCACACACAAUUUAGAAAUUAUGCCACCUCCACGUAAGAGUUGUGCAUCACUCAUGGACUUUGAAGAUGAAGAAGAUGAUGAAGGGUUUGUUAUGAUAGAGUCACUACAAAAUGAUAUUUUAAUAAAUAAAGCAGAGCAAACAAAUAAUAAAAAUGAUUUAGAGAGAACUAACACAGAAAUAAUACCACCAAAGAAAAGUGUAAUUAAUACAAAAAUAUUCACUGAAUUAGAAAAUGAUUGGGAAGACAUUGACAUUGAUGAUGAUAUCCCAAUCAAACCAAGAAGAACAACUACUCCUAUACUUUCUUCGAAUGACCAACAACCAAAAAAGAAACCUUUAUUUUCUUCAGAAUUAUUUAACAGGGGAAAUAGUAAAAUUUAUAUAGAAGCACCUCAAAACUUAUUAAAAGACCAUGAGAGAAAAAGUGGAAGACUAUCAUUUUCAUCACACCCUCCUAAUUUAGAAGGGAUUAAAAGACCUCACCAACCCCCAACAAACGACUUACUCCCACCUACACACCAAACAUUUGAAGAGUUAACUACAAGUAAAGAAAAACAAAAUGAAAGUUUAGAGCAAGAGGAUAAAACAAAUUAUUUCGACAUAACUGAAGGUUGGGGAAAUAGUAUAAAUGAAGAGUGUUGUUAUAUUAAUGAAUUUGAAGAUAAUGAGGGAGAGAAUUUAGAAAAAUCAUUAAAUGAAGAUGAUAUGUGGAUGAAAUUAUAUGGAAAGGAUAUAUUUGAAGGAAAUUGUUCUAGUUAUAAUGAAAACAAGUCAAAUACUGUAGGGGCAAAUAGAAAGUCUUCUGAAAUUGAUUCAGAAUCAUAUGAACCAAAAAAGAAAACACAGACUAUUGAAGAUUUAUUAAAUGAGAAAGAACCAGAAAAUAUUCAUCCUUGUGGGAGUAAGACAGAUCCUAUUAAAAUAGAUGAUUUUGAUAUAGAAAAUCAUGAAGAAUAA